AGGGAAAGAUUAUAUAUCAGCCGAGUAUUACUUUAAUUAGCAAAAAUCACUAAAUACAUUACCAGGGGCAAAAUGAUCUUUUCAUAUCACAUUUAACACCGUUAUAUUUUGCGGAAUCACAUUUAACACCGUUAGUGGUCAAAAUAGAUGAAAGUGUCACAUAAGGAAUAAAUUUUACAUCCAGUAUCAAAUAAGGAAGAAACUAUAUUUUUUGUGCCAAAUAAAGGAAUAAAUUUUAAGAAAGGAUCAAAUAAGGAAUUCUCUCUCUCUCUCUAGAAAAAAGCCAGAUUCGGCUGGCUCCAAUUGAUCAGAUGGGCUGCUACCCUUAAACGAUCAGAUGGGUUGCUACCGCUAGAUGGGCCGCACCAAAUCGGUGGCUCGUUGGUUGCCUGAUUCGCUGAAAACCAACGAGCAUUUUUUCUUUGACAACAAACCGACUAGCAGUUUGGAGACUUCCCUCCCAAAUCCUUCCCCAUUCCCAUAUAAACUAACCCUCACCCUGAACUCCCAACCCCAUCACAAGCGUCACCCUCCAAAGCAGUUCCUCUUCUUCCUAAUCACCCUCUCGUAGCGGACCGGAGCGGCGAUGUCUGGGCGCGGCAAGGGCGCUAAGGGGCUGGGCAAGGGCGGCGCCAAGCGCCACCGGAAGAUCCUCCGCGACAACAUCGAGGGCAUCACCAAGCCGGCGAUCCGGAGGCUGGCGAGGAGGGGCGGCGUGAAGCGCAUCGCCGGCCUCGUCUACGGGGAGACCCGCGGCGUCCUCCAUAUCUUCCUCGAGGAAGUCAUCCGCGACGUCGUCGCCUACACCCAGCACGCCCGCCGCAAGACCGUCACCGCCAUGGACGUCGUCUUCGCGCUCAAGCGCCACGGCCGAACCCUCUACGGCUUCGGAGUCUAGAUUCCUGCUGUGCUGUGCUGGUGGGGGUCGUGUUUCUCUUGUGUGAUAUGUGCCGUGGUCGACGGGAUUUACUUCUCUGGCGUGCGUUUGUGUUCAGUGUGCGUUCAAUAAAACUGCUCUGAUCCCCAUCCUGA